GGUCCACCUCACACACGUGUUGGUAGCCCGCCGCGGCGCCUGCGUGGUGGCUCCCCGGACUAGGCGCCCGGCGGACGCGGCUGAUACCUUGGUUCCCGAGGUCCUCUCACGAGCCCGCUUGUGCGCGGCGUCCUGCGCGUACGGCUUGCAAGCCUCGGCGCCAUGGGUCUGAUUUCCGAUUCCGGCCUGCGAGGGCUUUACUUGAUAGUCUGGGAACUUAUUUCAAACACUGCGAAGAUCUGACUCAGGAAGUGCUGGGAAGCAGUCCAGCGUGCUUAUCCUGACCCCUGUUCAACUUCUCCAUGCAGCCCCUUCCAUGCUGGGAAUAGACAACUCUCCUCUGAGGCUAACCAGGAUAUGCACCACUUGCAUCUCUCCACCAUUGCCUGGACCUGGGUGGAGUGGAUUGCAGCAGUUACCAUUGCUGCUGGUACAGCAGCCCUUGGUUACCUCGCUUACAAAAGAUUCUAUGUUAAAGAUCACCGCAGUAAGGCCAUGGUAAACCUUCACAUCCAGAAAGACAACCCCAAGAUAGUCCAUGCUUUUGACAUGGAAGAUUUGGGAGACAAAGCUGUGUACUGCCGUUGUUGGAGAUCCAAAAAGUUCCCAUUCUGUGAUGGGACCCACACUAAACACAACGAAGAGACUGGGGACAACGUGGGACCUCUGAUCAUCAAGAAGAAAGAAACUUAAUGGACAGUUUUGAAGCUGCAGACCAUCCUUUCAUGACGUUACCUGAUUAUUUAACUAGAAUGAUUACUGAUUACCACUUCUCUCUAAUUCACCUCCCCUCGUUCUAGAUGUGGAAUAUUGCCAACCUCAGCUUUCACAUUCAUGGCAUUUGCCUUACUUGUUGAAGGAUUGUGGUGCACAUUUUGUUUAAACACACACACACACACACAAAAAAAAAAAAAAGGAAAAGGGAUAAACCAACCUCAUGGCCUGUGGGUUAUUUUGGUCUUGUAAGGAUCCGUUUCUUUAAAUUUGAAAUAAUGGUCUUAGUAUAUAGUUAUAUCUUGAAGUUAAUGAAUUAAAUUAUACUUAAAAUCA